UUAUAGGGCCUCAAAUGACCCUAACCCCUAUGCGAAGCCCCCAUCAAAAUUCCACUUAAAUGUCCACAAUUUUAUUCAACAAUAAACGGCUUAAGUAUGUAUAUCUGAAGGCAAGGUACAAUUCAAUUUAAAUGCUUUAUAAUGACAACUAAAUCACAUUUUAUUUUUGUAAAAAGUGUAGGGUAUAGACAUUUAAAAUAUUGCACUUUACUUAUCUUGAGAUUACACAAAUAUAUGAGUUUUAGAAUUAGAGACAAGAUAAGUAAGAUUUUCUAAAAGAACACAUCUGGGAUUUAAGAUUAUAAGAGGAUGGUUUGAAGAAUAAAAGCCCCCCAUCACACGAGCACACAACUGAUAUGAUCUGUCAAAAUUUUGUGUAAAAGAGAAUGGAUGGUAUUGUCUAAACGCAAGCCAUCGCAAAUUGAGACAAAACACGAAUCGACAGGGUUGUUGACAGUCAGGUGAAUCUCUUUAUAAUCAUUUAUACAUCAAAGAGCAUUCCAAUAACAUCAAACAAUAAAGUUAUGGGUACCAUAACAACCAAAGAUUUCUGUUAAAUCGAUAACUGAAACAUUUCAGUUAGAACUGUAACAUAGAACUGUAAAAUAUCUUCUUUUCAAAUUCAACAAAAACUUACAUAAAAAAUCUCUUCCAACAUGGAGGUUAUGGAAGAAGGUAAUCUUAUGGACCGUGUGCCGAUUUUACUGCAGCGAGAUUUACAAUAUUAUCAGACACAUCAAAGAGUCCUGCAAGAACGUUUGUGUCCCGGUGUGGUGGGUGGUAAAUUGGAUUUUCCUCGUUAUGCUUCUUUUGCAGCCAUUAAAAUUAUACUCUGGUGGGAGGAUGAAUACUUUGCUUCGUAUAGAAAACAUUCCGGUUUAUUACAUACGGAACAGGAAUUGAAUGAAGGAGAUUUUUCUUCCGUUGUGGUAAAAAGUUCUGAUCCCGAUAAAUUCGUUAGUCUGGUCACCAAAUCUGCCGAUUUAUUACUAGAACAUUUGCAUGUUCUCUCACAAGAAUCUCUCGAUCAUGCUGAUCUUUCAGUACUUACAGCGACCAUAGGAGCAGCGGCUCUAGUACGCAACUGUUUAAAUGUUUAUCUACAAGCGGCAACUACCAAAAUUUGUCCACCCAAAGGAGACGAAAAGGGAGGAGCUUUAAAAUUAUCACUUAAACAAUAUUCACAACUAUCGGAGGCUCUGGCAGAACGUCUCUUAGAUUUACACUGUCGUCUACUUUUAUUGUAUAUAGUUCAAGAUGCAGAUGCUUUACAUUGGGAAGAUACUGAACCAUUUUUUGAAUCCGAACGUGGUUCGUAUUGCAUACAAAUGUGGUGGCUUUAUAUGUAUGGUACUAAGGAUGAUUUAUGGAAUUCCGUACCACCUAAGAUGGCUCAACGUAUAUUUGGUGGAAUGUUAAAUGAAACCUUAAGUGUCCUAACUGUACGUUAUUCGCAAAUUACCACAAGUUUAGCUCGAGCCCAAUUACAUUUAUGUGAUAUUUGUAAUUUAUUAUUUUGUAUUACCGAAUUAUUGCCGCAUGUUUGUGAGAGUGGUGAAGCUUAUGUGGGAUUACAGUUAAAUAACCAAAGUGUCAUUAUACGUGAUAUACAUGCAAAGUGCAGGGAACUUUUUUAUUGCCUUCUGUUGCGUGGUGCACCGCUUGGAGUGCUCUUAAAGGUUUUUCGCAAAGGUCUCGAAAAUAUGGAAAUGUUUUCCUCCCGACAUGGUCUACCCAGUGCUUGGAUUAUAUUCGCUUUACCGCGAUUUUUUCCCAAAGAUCAGUCAUGUCAAUGGGUAACCGAAUUUGCAGAUUUGAAUACUAGUACAGCAGUAUCGUUAGAGCUAAAGGUGUUAUUAUCCUCACCCGAAGCCGAUUGGCCAUUUUUAGUUAAGAUCUUGCUAAUGAGAGAUGCCCACUUGACGGGUAUAAUAUUAAGACAUCUUCUGAAACAUUUACCCUCUAGUGAAAACUUUAAAAAUGUGGCUAAACAUUCAUUUAUAGAGGAUAUUAAUGAGCCCAAGAAAUGUGAGGGUUUCCUGUGUCGAGGAGAAUGUUUUAAUGUGGCCGAUUUAAUAGCAAAUGAUUUGGAUCCUGUGGGCCAAACUAAUUGCCAGAUAGUAUUAUCUUUAACCUAUUUAUUGGUGGCUUUAGGUAAAGCGGUAGAUAUUAAAUCUUGUUUAAUAAAAUCCUUAGAAGAUGUAGGUUUACCGGGCUGGAGUGAUUGUCUAGAUAAGAGACAGGUUUGGAAUCAAAAACGUCCUCCCUGGUUGGAGGCUAUAAUGCAUUUUGUUUAUCCCGUUUUGGAUUGUAUAGUGGAAAUGUUGGUUAAUGCUGUGGAGGCUGGAGCCAGCAUGUAUCAGGCCAUGUCUUUGGCUUUAACCUGUGUUUCAGAAAUGUGGGAUUGUAUACCUGAGGGUCUCUAUAAAGUUACCUCACUACUGCAAGAUAUAACCCCGGUAUCAACAAGACCUUUAGGUGAUUCGGUUUUAAUGCAAGUCAUGUUUGCCGCCCUCUAUACUGAACUCAUCAAAACCGCAGAGAAAUAUGAAAAGUUAAAGGAUGAAGCCAAGGCCUCCAUUUGUUAUACCAUAUCGGAGGCAAUUUGUUCUAUUGAUGAGGAUGAUAAACAUACCGAUCAGAUAGAGUUGUUUUUAAAGCAGGCUAAGGAUAGCAUUAUAUUGGAAAGCUAUGGUUCUACGGGACGUGAUCGAGGUGGCAUGAGUGCUGUUAGUACGGUUAAAAUCGAUGAUAUAGGCACAGCCGAUUCGGAUCGUAUGAGCCACAGUCCGCCAGCUAAUUAUGCCAUGGAAUUAGAGGUUGGUAUUACCGACUUUAUAGCAGAGGUCUUGACCAGCGAUGUCUUGACAACGGAUAUAGGUAAACAGGCUUUGAAGGUCUGUUAUAACUACUUGAAAAACAACAAAGAUUGGUUAAUGGAACAGUUGGGUACCAGUCAGAAAGAACCCAAUCCCUUUCAGGGAGUACAGGGUCAAAAUAUCAAAGAAACUAAACCUUCACUACUUAAAACUAUGUUCUUUAUAGAAAAUACACCAUUUGAUCAGCUAUUAACCGGUUCCUUAAAAAUUGAGUAUGUAACAUGGCUACAAACGCCACUAUCAUUAAAUCCAGAACGUGCUUGGUUGCAUUUGGCGCGUCGCUGUGACUUUCAAGAAGAUGCUAAACUAACAAUGCCGGAAGUAGCCAUGGUUGCCAGCAUACAGAAAAUCAUGAAGAAACGUAAAAAUUACGGAAAGUAAAAAUCAGCUAACGUACGUAUGUAUAUGUGUGAAUGCAACUAAAAAUAAUGUUACAAAUUUAUUAUAAAAAAAAACGAAACAAUUUUCAAAUUGAUAAAUUUGUGAAAAUUUGUUUAAAA